AUGAAGCUCUUGUCUACUUGGGCUGUAGCCUGUCUGGCGGCUCAGGCUGCUGGUGCUGCUAUUAGCCAUUCGCUUAAUGGCUUUAGUAUUACUGAGCAUCCGGAUCCUGUUAAGCGGGCUUUGCUCCAAAAAUACGUCACCUGGGAUUCUAAGUCUUUAUUUGUCAAUGGCGAGAGAAUCAUGCUGUUUAGUGGUGAAUUUCACCCUUACCGUCUGCCUGUUGCGUCUUUAUACAUUGAUGUCUUCCAAAAGGUCAAGGCUCUCGGAUUCAAUUGUGUUUCUUUCUACGUCGAUUGGGCCUUACUAGAAGGCAAGCCGGGUCACUACAGCGCCGAGGGAAUCUUUGACCUCGAGCCAUUCUUCGAUGCUGCCAAGGAAGCCGGAAUCUAUCUUCUCGCCCGCCCUGGUCCCUAUAUUAACGCCGAAUCAUCGGGUGGUGGUUUCCCAGGUUGGUUGCAGCGUGUGAAUGGAACCCUGCGUACUAGCGACGAGGCAUAUCUCAAGGCUACAGACAACUACAUGGCAAAUGUUGGUGCCACAAUCGCUAAGGCUCAAAUCACGAAUGGAGGACCUAUCAUUCUUUUCCAGCCUGAGAACGAAUACAGUGGUGCCUGCUGUGGCGUUGACAACUUCCCCGACGGUGCUUAUAUGCAAUAUGUUGAAGAUCAAGCUCGCAAGGCUGGGAUUGUUGUCCCUCUCAUUAGCAACGACGCCUGGGGUGCUGGUCACAAUGCUCCCGGAACUGGCGAAGGUGCCGUUGAUAUCUACGGUCAUGAUAGCUAUCCUCUUGGCUUUGACUGCGCGAAUCCUUCCACCUGGCCAUCGGGUAAUCUACCCACUGACUUCUACACUACGCACAUGAGCCAAAGCCCUGCCACCCCGUACUCGCUUGUCGAGUUCCAAGGUGGAGCUUUCGAUCCUUGGGGAGGCGUCGGGUUCACUAAGUGCGCUGCCCUCCUGAACCAUGAGUUCGAGAGAGUGUUCUACAAGAACAACCUUAGCUUCAGGGUUGCAUUCCUCAAUCUGUACAUGAUAUUCGGCGGUACCAACUGGGGUAACCUGGGUCACCCUGGAGGAUACACAUCCUACGAUUACGGCUCUCCAAUUUCCGAGUCCCGUAACAUUACCCGCGAGAAGUACAGCGAACUCAAGUUGAUCGGAAACUUCGCUAGAGCCUCUCCAUCAUACCUGCUAUCCACACCAGGAAGUCUGACCACCACCGAAUACACCACGUCGUCUGAUCUGGCUGUGACUCCCCUGCUCGGAGGCAAUAGCACGGCUUCGUCUUUCUUCGUCGUCAGACACAAUGACUACUCAAGCCAAGCGUCUGUCGACUAUAAGCUCAAGGUUCCUACCAGCGCUGGCCAACUUACCAUUCCCCAGCUGAGUGGAAGCCUGACUCUCAGUGGUCGUGAUUCCAAGGUUCACGUCGUUGACUAUGAUGUCGCGGGUACCAACGUCCUCUACUCCUCUGCCGAGGUCUUCACCUGGACCAAGUCUGGAAGCUCGAAAUUUCUGGUAUUGUACGGUGGCCCUGGUGAGCACCAUGAGUUGGCUGUCUCCUCCACAUCCAAGGCUUCCGUCAUUGAAGGCUCAUCGUCCGGCAUCACCACCAAGCAAGUGGGCAAGGCUGUUGUGAUCGGCUGGGAUGUAUCUACCACUCGCCGCAUUGUUCAGGUUGGAGACCUGAAGAUUCUUCUCCUGGACCGCAACUCUGCUUACAACUACUGGGUUCCUCAGCUCCAAACUUCUGGCACGGCUCCUGGCUAUAGUUCGGAAAAGGCCAUCGCCUCGUCCCUUAUCGUCAAGGCCGGCUACCUUGUGCGAACUGCCUACGUGCAGGGAAGCGAUCUUCACCUCACUGCCGAUUUCAACGCUACCACACCCAUCGAGGUGAUUGGUGCCCCAUCCAAGGCCAAGAACCUGGUAAUCAACGGCAAGAAAGCACAAGUCAAGGUUGACAAGAACGGAAUCUGGUCGAGCAGUGUCAAAUACACCGCACCAAAGAUCAAGCUCCCUACCCUGAAGAAUCUUAAGUGGAAGGCCAUCGAUACUCUACCCGAGAUCCAAAAUUCUUACGACGACUCUGCCUGGGUAUCCGCCGACAAAGCACAAACUCUCAAUAGCGCCAACACCCUCAAGACCCCAACCUCCCUGUUCGCCUCUGACUACGGCUUCCACACCGGCUACCUCCUCUUCCGCGGCCACUUCGUCGCCACCGGCGACGAGAAGACCCUCUUUCUGCAUACCCAAGGCGGCACCGCAUUCGGUAGCUCCGUCUGGCUGAACGCCACGAAUGUCGGCUCCUGGGCCGGAAUCUCCAUCGACGCAGACUACAACGCCACCUACACGCUGCCAACGCUAACAAAAGGCAAGUCGUACGUGCUCACCGUUGUCAUCGACAACAUGGGCCUGGACGAGGACUGGACCAUCGGCACAGAAGACAUGAAAGACCCCCGAGGCAUCCUGGACUACCAGCUUUCGGGCCGGUCCGCGAGUGACAUUACCUGGAAGCUGACGGGCAACCUUGGUGGCGAGGACUUCCUCGAUACCGCCCGCGGCCCGCUCAAUGAGGGCGGUCUCUACGCUGAGCGCCAGGGCUUCCACCAGCCCCAGCCGCCGACGCAGAGCUGGAAGUCUGAGAGUCCCUUUGACGGGUUGUCGGCGCCUGGCAUCAAGUUCUACAGCGCGAGCUUCGAUCUCGAUAUCGAGAAGGGCUGGGAUGUUCCUCUUUACUUUAACUUUGGGAAUUCGACGGCUGCGGCGGCUUAUCGUGCCCAGCUCUAUGUCAAUGGAUACCAGUACGGUAAGUAUGUGAGUAAUGUUGGUCCGCAGACGAGUUUCCCGGUUCCGGAGGGUAUUCUCAAUUACCGGGGGACUAAUUAUCUGGCUUUGAGUCUUUGGGCGCUGCAGGAGGAUGGUGCUAAGUUGGAGAGUUUCGACUUGGUUGGUACUACUCCUGUGCUGACUGCUUUGAGUGAGGUUGUGCAGGCUCCUCAGCCUAAGUAUGCGAAGCGGAAGGGGGCUUAUUAG